AUGGGCUCUGCCGAAUCCAAGCAAAUUGAGGGUCGGUUGCUCACCUCGUCGUUGGGCAAGACCAACUUCAACAAGUCCUUCAACCUCUACUACGAGUCCAUGCGCCACGGAUUGAAAUUCGUCAUUGGCGAGCACAAGAACGAACCCUCCAACAUUAUAUCUCUUCCGGGAGGAUGGUACGGCGACUUGAUAUUGUACAACGGCCCGGACACCGAUUCGGAGCCCCUGGCUGCGGUCAAGUAUGGGAACAAAAUGGGGACGUUUGAUGAAGUCCGACUGCCGCCCAAGGAACCCGGUCAGGGGCUCAUCAAAGAAGAAAUCCGGUGUCGCCGCAACGGCAUGAACUUUGCUUAUACCUUUGCCGUGGCAGUGGGCGAGAGUGGGUAUCCCGAGAAAUUUGAAUGGCGAAGCAGCAAGACCGAAGAAGUCAAGGAGCUUGGUGCAAUGUCUCGUGGAUGGAAGCUGGUCCGCCUGAAUCAUGGCGAUGAGGUUGUGGCCGUAUGGAGCUGGACAAAGCUCAGAUGGACUGUGAACAAGGGAGCAGCUUUCAAAUUUACAAACAGUGGCGCCACGGGCGAGCUGGGCAAUGUAUUUGCGAUCAUGGCGGUAACGUCGUUUAUAAGGCAUUACCAGAAGGAGAUUCAGGCGAGCAUCAAUGCUGGCGCCGCGGCGUGA